UGCAAUUUUAAUUUUUUGUUGUUUAUACGUUUUUACGUUUAAUUUUUUAGUUUCAAUGGUUAGGUUAUGAUUUACAUAGAUUUUUAAAUAAUAAAAUUUUUAUAAUUUAUGAGUUUCGUGAUGGAAGUUUCAAUAAUUAUUCAAGUGCUUAAUGAAGUACGUUUAAAUGGACAUAAAUUCAGAAAGAAAGACUGCCAACAAAACUCUUCUGCCUAAUAAUUUGGACCUAUACGCUCCUUUAUAUAUUUUACGUUCAAUCUUACACAUAUUCAAGUGGUACUUAUAGUUUACAAAAUCGUUAUAAGUUAUUUAUUUCUUAAAUUAGCUGAGCUUUGACUAAAUUAGCCUAUGCCAUAAAUAUUUGACAAGACAAUGAUCAGGAGUGUCAUCAAUAAAAGAAAUGUUGAAAUUGGGAUAAACAUUUGAAAGUUUUUUUUGCAAAAUUUGAAAACCCCAUCCGUUUCCACGAAGGGUCUUUAUGUCCCAUGAAGAGACAACGUCAUCCGUACGAUUGAGCUUUGUUUCUAUGAUCUCUGGAGUUCUGCUUCUACUUCUGGCCUGCGCCAGUCAACUAGCUGCUCUUGGGCCAGAGGAGCUAGUUGUAGUUGUGCUGAGCCAAGCUGAUGUUUACCACUCAGCUCUUGCACGAGAUCUGAGGACCAGUCUUAUCCAGCAGUCAUCUGCUUCUGGCCAAAAAGGGCCCAAAGUGUAUCUGACUCAUGAAGACUUCCCUCACCCUGGAGCUUGGACUGUCGCCCCUGUGAUACCUUGGUUAUUCAAAAAUUAUGAAAACAACACUUCAUGGAUAAUUUUUUGUGAGGAAAGAACUAGAUUUAACUUGGAAAGACUGAUAUCAUUUCUCUCUCAAUAUGAUCCGAGCCAGGAGAUGUGGCUCGGUCAUGGAUUGCAAGACGCAGAGCCUACAAUAGUACAUCACUUUCAGUUCUCCCCCAAGCCUAUGCAGUAUCCACUGUUGGCUGCUGGAUUUGCCAUGUCUGCUGCUCUGCUCAAAAAACUGUACUAUACUCCGAGACAUGCCAAGACCGGGUUCUCAAUAGAUGCGAUGUAUGAGCUGGCACAGAUGGUUAACAGCACAGCCAUGCUGAGCUGGCCGUCGGAGUUCUGUUUAGAGAACAACCACACACGAUGUGCCUCAUACCCGCUACCUUUCCUCUCUUGUGGGGAGCCAGUGCCUAAUGAAGAUAUAUUUUUUGCUGUAAAAACGUGCCUUAAAUUCCACAAAGAGAGAGUUCCUGUGAUUCAAAAUACUUGGGGAAAAGAUGCUUCCAAUAUUGAAUUUUUUAGUGAUGUGCAAGAUGGGUCAAUACCUACAACAUCAGUGGGUAUUGCUAACACGGGUAGGGGACAUUGUGCCAAGACAAAGGCAAUACUAGAGCUUGUGUUGAAACGAUUUCACAAGCUACCCAACCUGCAGUGGCUUGUAUUGACUGAUGAUGACACUCUUCUCAGUGUUCCUCGUUUACGCCAACUGUUAAGUUGUUGGUCAGAUCAGGCCGUAGUGGUUGGAGAAAGAUACGGGUUCGAGGUUCGACUAUCUAGUGGCUACAACUUCCCAACAGGAGGAGCUGGCACGGCUAUUAACAUGGCAGUUUUGUCAAGUUUGGUUCGUGAAUUUCGCUGUUUUGCUGAUAAUGCUCCAGAUGACAUGAUCAUGGGAAGCAUUCUCAAACAGCUUGGAAUUCCCAUAAUUCAUUCACCACUUUUCCAUCAGGCUCGUCCCAUGGACUAUCCAGCAGAGUACUUAGCCACUCAACAACCUAUCAGUUUCCACAAGUAUUGGGAAACUGAUCCGUUCUCGGUCUACGAGCAGUGGUUCUCCACAACGCAACCACAGAGCUCACCAGACUUGCACUCUGAACUUUAGUACCAACUAUUAUGUGUUCAAAUUAUUUUUUUACUUUUUUGUAUUCUUUAUUGAUUAAUUAUUUGCAUAAUAAUACUCAAACUUU